UUAACUGCGCCAGCUUAUUCCUCACAUAUAACAUAAAUACCAUUUAAAUUUUGAAUAGCGCGCCUCAAUGCCUCCGCUGCGCACGGAAAAAUCGCGCACGCGCAUCAGUAGCGUGUUCGCACGUCGUUUUAACUUUUAACUAACUAGUGUAGGUUAGAAUUCAUGUAUAGUGUGUGUACAGCUGAUUUGUCAUUUGACUAUGCUUGAAAAUAAAAGGGUCAAAACGUGAUAUUUGAGGCAAGUAUAUAGUGUUGAUGCAAGAGGUGAAUAACAAUUUUUGAGCGUAAAAUGAAAAAUCCGGUCCGAUUAUUGUUGGUGCUCGUCGCGUGUCUUGCUCUGUAUAUCUUGCUGAAUUUUCCUACUUCAGAAGAAAAGAAUUUGAAUCAUGUCAUAGACUAUCAACAACGAACUAGCAGCAGCAACAGCAGUGAUUUGGUUGGGCCAUCGAAAGCGAGUGUUGCUGCUAGUACUGAAACAGUUCAAGGCCAAGUAGUGGUCAUUUGUGUUGUUGCUUGUGGCGCAGACAGGCUCGACGAAUCCUUAACGAUGCUAAAGUCUGCUUUGGUCUUUGCUAAAAGACCAUUGCGUUUUAUUGUGAUUUCCGAUUACGGACUCAUUCCAGCUUUUCAUGAAAAACUCACAGAAUGGAAGCAAAUAGUUGAUAAGACAUUUGAUUUUAUUGUUAGGCCUGUAACUUUUCCAGACAUCAGCGAUGUAACUAUGUGGCGCAAGUUGUUUAAACCAUGCGCUGCUCAACGUCUAUUUCUGCCUACUGUCUUGAACGACACGGAUGCAAUUUUGUAUGUGGAUACGGACACGUUGUUUCUUGCACCUCCCGAAGUGAUUUGGGAUGAAUUCAAGAAAAUGAAUAACGUGCAGCUCGCAGCUCUCAGUCCAGAACACGAAGAUCCCAAUACAGGCUGGUACAACCGCUUUGCCAAGCAUCCUUACUAUGGUAAGUUGGGUGUGAAUUCUGGAGUGAUGCUGAUGAACUUGACCAGAAUGAGAGAAUUCAAGUGGACGCAAUACGUCAUCCCUAUACAUAAAGAGUAUCGUCUAAAAAUUACAUGGGGAGACCAGGACAUCAUCAACAUUAUUUUCCACUAUCAUCCAGAAAAGUUGCACGUCUACGAUUGCCGAUACAAUUAUAGGCCUGAUCACUGCAUGUACAUGUCUGUCUGUCCGGGCGCCGAGAAGAAAGGUGCUUUGGUACUUCAUGGCUCUAGGGGUACCUUUCACUCGCAAAAGCAGCCACCUUUCAAGUCAGUCUAUACGGCGAUGCAAGAAUAUCAGCUCAAUACGGAUCCAUACAAAAACCUCCUUGUUCCGAUGAAAACUUACUUGACUCUGGCAGCUGACCAUUCAAACUGUGGCCAAGUUUGGAAGGUGUUUAUCAUUCAGCCAGAAUUGCAUUUGGGUAGAAAAUCAGAGGUGGAUAGGAAAUAAGAAUUUGUUAUUGUGCAGCAACUCCUCCGCCGAGUUGAGUUGAUAGAUCGCGUUAAAAGUGGCACCGCGUGCAUCAGACUGUAAUAUUACAUAAUAAGGGCAAUUUAGGUUUCACAAACUUUUUUUAUCGUUUAAUAAAUAUUCUCCAAACUCUGGCUUAUUGCGAGUGAUAGGUGGCGGUAUGUUAUGUACUUCGCGUGAGUGAGCCAGAGCCGCGUGAGGAGAACAGAGAGAGAGAGAGAGAGAGCUGCUCUCUUCGCGACACUGCAGGACGGAGCUGCAUUUUUCACUUGUUCAUUUUCCAUCGAGCUGUGGCAUACGUAAUGAUUCAAGAUAUACAACACUUUUGCUGUUGGCUGCAGCCGCAACAUCGAACGAUACGCACGCAAAGCUGAAAAAGCGCAGCUAUUCGCCGAGCCGCUAUAUUGUGCAGCGCAAAAACACGCAACAAUAAGGAAAUAUGCCGUUCUUCAAAGCGCUCCGAAUGCCAGCCUCCGCGGAGAAGCAGCAACAAUCGAACUGCUGCAACGGAUCUUCCGCCGCGGCUGCCGUCGGUAAUUGCUGCAGCCGAGAAAUCGUUUCUCCCGUGCGGAGCAAGAUCGGAGUGCAUCAUAUCAGAAUGGCCUGCCAUUGGCGAGUAAUCUCCGGCUUCGGAAGCGUACGCGAGCUCUACUCCAGAAUUGCGCACUGCUUCGAUAUUCGACCCGAAGAAGUUUGUACAUACCUAACUUUCAUACACACAUUUACGAAUAAAUCUAUUUACAGAUUUUGUUCUGCACGCUCAACACUCGCUUCUGCACGCUCAAUCGACAUGUCGGAGCUGGUGGCCGGUCAGAUCGGUCUAGACGACUUUAUAUUCGCUCACAAAAAAGCUGAUAUAUAAAGUAUGAGAACAUGCGAGAAUUGGAUUGUAAUUGAAUGACGCGCCAAAGAAAUCGAGCUGAUCAAGAGCGAGGACGCGCAUCAAGAGCAACUCGGUCCAGGUCGGCGAUCACAUCGAGAAGCUCAACGGGCUGAGUCUCGUGGGCAAGAGCCACUCAAACAGCUCGAGCGGGGAUCAGAGCUGAAGCUUAGGCCGGCAUUAUCGGCAUUAUCGGCCCAGCUCCUGCUGGACCGCGGUCCAGGGGCUCGCCACUCAUUGUCAGCGACAGCUGACGGGCAGGGAAACGCUUAGAUUCAGAGCCGAUGGCCUGGCCAGAAUCGAGUAUCUUCAGCAGAAUGAAGACGGCUGCAACGCGAGAGAACAAAUUUAACAAAUCAACAACACCCUCGAGUCGUAUAUGGGAAUCAGCGACAACGCUAUCGACGAUUGUGGAAAAUCGCUCAGAACAAGAUCAACAGCAUGGGCCUUGCCAAGGCGAUUAACAGCUCCAUGCAGCAGGAUUCCUUCGACUUUUCGGAGGAUUUCGUUUUCCAAGUUGGAAAAUUGCGUUUGGCGCGAGAAAUAAUCAUUGAGGAUAUUAUAUACUCUUAUUCAUUUGCGUACAUAGACAGUAGAAAUUUUGUAAAUAAUUGUUGAAUAAUGCGAUCAAGAUAUAAAAAUCUGCGUUUUGUAUCAUAAAAAUCGUCUUUUCGAAUAGACUCCAUAGAAGCAUUAUGAGAGCUGCUGCAAUAAGUAGAUAUGACUGGUACGAACAGUCGUCAGUCGCCUUUACCCAACCGCCGGUAGUAUAGAUCGUGCGGCUGGUAUAGUAUCACAGAGGCAUCGCGAUUCGCAGCGGUAUAUAGGGAGAGCAAAAAGGAAGAAACUUGUGCGAACCACGUCGUCCUCCUGGUCGCUGUAAUAAGUAGUCUCUGGCCGUGCCGCGUGCGUACAAUAGUAGACUUACACUGAAGGUUAAUAGACGCAAAUAGUGGUUGUCGUCGUCGUCGUCGUCGUCGUCGUCGCGCGCGAGAGAGAGAGAGGAGCUUGUCAGAUCUUCCUCGUCGUCCGCACUGCACAAGCAAAACGCAUCGCAGGGGAAAAAGACGAGCUGAUUUACCGCACGGCACGUGCGUAAACUGAGCAGCUUGUUUAACAGAAGCGCGCCGUAGCAGAGUGAAUUGAGAGUAGUAGGAGAAAAGAAAAGUGUUUCCUCUCCCCCUCUCUCUCUCUCUCUCUCUCUCUCUCGCAGUCGCCUAUCUCGUUUUCGCGCUGCUAACAAUCUCUGUACUCUGUGCGCGCAAUACUAAAAGCGGACGCCUCUACUCUUGCAAG